CGGCGCUUCCGUUCGUAGUGAGGGUGGUGAAGAAAAGCUGUUGUCGCCGCCGCCGCCGCUGUUGUUUUCGCAGAAGCCGAGGGUUUGACAGGCCUGAGCGGGAGGAGGAAGCGCAGCCCUCGCCGCCAUGCCCACCGUAGAAGAACUAUACAGGAACUACGGCAUCUUAGCCGACGCCAAGGAGACCGCGGCCGAGCACAAAGAUGCCUAUCAAGUGAUUUUGGAUGGUGUCAAGGGAGGUGCCAAAGAGAAGAGAUUGGCAGCACAGUUUAUUCCAAAGUUCUUCAAACAUUUCCCUGAGCUGGCAGAUUCAGCUAUAAAUGCCCAGUUGGACCUUUGUGAGGAUGAAGAUGUUUCUAUCCGACGACAAGCAAUCAAGGAAUUACCCCAGUUUGCUACAGGUGACAACCUUCCAAGGGUGGCUGAUAUCCUCACCCAGCUUCUGCAAUCAGAUGAUUCUGCAGAAUUCAACUUGGUAAACAAUGCCUUGCUAAGCAUAUUUAAGAUGGAUGCUAAAGGAACAUUGGGUGGUUUAUUCAGUCAAAUACUACAGGGUGAAGAUAUUGUGCGAGAAAGAGCAAUCAAAUUUCUCUCCACAAAACUCAAAACAUUAGCUGAAGAAGUGUUGACAAAAGAAGUAGAAGAGCUCAUAUUGACAGAAUCAAAGAAGGUUCUUGAGGAUGUAACUGGUGAAGAGUUUGUUUUGUUCAUGAAGAUACUAUCUGGAUUAAAAAGCCUGCAGACAGUGAGUGGGCGGCAGCAGCUAGUUGAACUAGUGGCUGAACAAGCUGACCUUGAACAGACCUUCAAUCCAUCUGACCCUGAUUGUGUGGACAGACUUUUGCAGUGCACUCGUCAAGCAGUUCCACUUUUCUCAAAAAAUGUUCAUUCCACAAGAUUUGUCACUUACUUCUGUGAGCAUGUUUUGCCAAAUUUGAGUUCUCUGACUACCCCUGUUGAAGGCCUUGAUAUCCAGUUAGAGGUACUGAAACUGCUUGCUGAGAUGAGUUCCUUCUGUGGUGACAUGGAAAAGCUGGAAUCAAAUUUAAAAAAGCUUUUUGAUAAAUUAUUGGAGUACAUGCCUCUCCCUCCAGAAGAAGCAGAGAAUGGGGAGAAUGCUGGCAGUGAAGAACCCAAAUUGCAGUUCAGCUAUGUGGAAUGUUUAUUAUACAGCUUUCAUCAACUGGGACGAAAGCUUCCAGACUUCCUGACUGCCAAGCUGAACACAGAGAAAGUGAAAGAUUUUAAAAUCAGGCUACAAUAUUUUGCUAGAGGACUGCAAGUUUACAUCCGUCAGCUUCGUUUGGCACUCCAAGGCAAGACAGGAGAAGCAUUAAAGACCGAAGAGAACAAAAUUAAAGUGGUUGCACUGAAAAUUACUAAUAACAUCAAUGUUUUAAUCAAGGAUCUCUUCCAUAUCCCUCCUUCAUACAAAAGUACAGUUACACUGUCUUGGAAACCUGUACAGAAAGCUGAAGCCGGGCAAAAAAGAGCCAGUGAAGACACAACUUCAGACUUGCCCGCAAAGAAGGCUCCAGCAGGACCAAAAAGAGAUGCCAGACAGAUUUAUAAUCCACCCAGUGGAAAAUACAGCAGCAAUUUGGGCAACUUUUCUUAUGAGCAAAGAGGUGGCUUCCGUGGUGGAAGAGGGAGAGGAUGGGGUGGACGUGGAAAUCGCAGCCGUGGAAGAAUCUACUGAAAACAGUGGCACUCAGUAAUGGUGAGUGUAGUGGCACUUUCCCAAAGCCAUUGAGGCUGAAACAUCUUUUAAAGUUUGAAGGAUUGCCUAGAAGGUGGUGCUGUUCGAAAGGACUGCCUUCCACAGAAGACUGAUAUAAAUGUUCUUAUACCUUUGUAUGUAUGAUCUACUUUUCUAACAGACUACGAACUCACCUACAGUGAAGCAACAACUGUAUUUUUGGAUGUUUAACAGCUGGCAUUUUGACUUUUUAUUAAAGCAUCAUCAGGAUUUAUUCAGGAGAAGCAUGGGUGUUCCAUUGGAUGCUGUUUCAGUAGAAAUAUUACAUUCAUCUUUAAAUGCGGCUAGUACAAAGUGGACUCCAUAAUGUAUAAUAAUAUUCAGAUUCUAAAGAAUGGAGAGAAGAAUUGAAUUUCAAAUCAAUAGCAGCCUUUCUCCAGACAAAAUCAUUUUUGCAAUAGAUGGAGAAGAGUGAUAAUGAGCAGAAAUUGACUACCAGUGGUAGCAUCAACGAUUUAAAAAAUUCUCAGUUUUCAAAAAAUAAAGCAUUGAUAUAAAAUACUCUUCUCUUUCCAUAAGUUAAUUCAUUGUAAGGUGAAUAUGAAAGUGAAUUUAAAACCACAUCUUGCUCUUCUCCAUGUAUUGUAAUACAGUUUUUUUCAAAUGGCUUUUUAGUGUUCUUUAAAUGGUUGUGUGCAUGCACAUACACAAAAUACUAAAACUGCUACACAUCUCUAAGACCAAGUAUGUGAUACUAUUGCAGUUCUUUGGAUAUGGCAUAGGAAAUAACAAUACUUCAACUGUUACUUAACAUUUUGCAUUAGUUUAGCAGCAGCAUUUUUAAUCAGUUCACUGGCUGUGACUAUAAAUAUUAAACAUGACAUUAGACACUUAAAAUGACAUCUCAGCUGUACAUCGUAAAGAUUUCAAAUAUUAUGAAAUCUGUAAUGAUGAGAGAGAUCCUUCAAAUGAGCAUUUCACAAAUUUUAUUUAAAAGAAUAUAGUCUUUUUUCAAAGUUUACCAUGUAUUUCUUGUUCCUUUUUAAAAAAACGGUGGGUGAGCAUUAUAGAAUAUUAAUGUUGUAUAGGAAAAAGAAAUCCCUUCCACUGCAGGAGUAUCUGAAAUGGCCCAACUUUAAGCUUUAUUUAAAGAACUGCAAGUUAUUACUUCCCCUUCUCCAUAUAGUUUCACUAGAAUGUUGAUGGCCAUCUUGCAAACCAAAUCUUUGUACAUAGGGUAUUUCAGACAUGCCCUUAAUGUUUAACAAUUUGUUUCUGAACUGAACAGAAAUCCUGCCUUUAAAAAAUUAUAACUGCAUAGUUUCCUUGUAAGUAAUAGAAGCUUUUUCUGGUAAAACAAGUUUAUGAACAAAUUAUUUGAAGGAACGGGUGAGUUCACAUUUGCUUUUUAUUUUAAAAAAAAGAUGAUUCUAAAACUGUCCAUAACCAAAGUGACAGAAGAAGAAAUAAUUCUAUCCGAAUGAGAUUUAAUUUCUCUAUUAAGCUCUUGCAGUAGAAAAUGCCCAGUUUAAAAUAUAAUUCAACAGUUUAUCGUAAAUUGAUGCAUAAUGUUUUCUUGUUUUGGCUAUUAUGGCCGUUUGAGGGAACUUUCCCUAAUGAUGUGUAAGCUUAGUUUUUAAAGGUGUUUAUAAUCACUGUGCAUGAAUAGCUGUUGGGGAGGGUCCCUUGAUCUACAAGUUGACUUCAAAUGUUUCUACCCACAAAUAAUGUGCAGAUUGUCCAUAGAAAUAGCUGAAUAUCAUUUUGUGUUGCAGAUGCAGUGAAUUAUUUUGGAGACAUCCAAUAACUACUUCCUUUUAUUUGUAAAUUCCCUUAUUCCUCUGCAAUAAAUCCAUUUUGUAAUUUUGUUA